GUACUUGCAUGGCUUGCCUACCUUUCUAAUAUCCUUGUACAACGAGCUCCACGUCCAAUAUUCCCUCUUCAGCGAGCUGAUUCGGAAAUGUCGUCCGGGUGGGAAGUGAGGAUGUCCAAUUCAAAGAAACUGCCCUAUUUCUUCAACAAGGAGACGAAAGAGUCUCGAUGGGAGGCUCCGCAAGGGUUGAAAGAACAGGAUAUCCAAGCUCUACCUGGCGCUCGCGAAUACUUGAAUGCGACUCAAGCGGAUUACCCAUCUGCAGGUCAGAUCAGAGCAAGUCACCUUCUCGUGAAGCACAGAGCUAGUCGUCGUCCAUCGAGCUGGAAAGAACCCAAUAUCACACGAACUAAAGAAGAGGCGAUCGCCAUCCUCGAGAAAAGUUUGGCGAACUCGCAAGAGAACACUUCGGACUGCUCUUCGCAUAGCGCGGAUGGCGACCUUGGCCAUUUCGGCCGUAACCAGAUGCAAAAACCGUUCGAAGAUGCAGCCUUCGCGCUGCAAGUGAAAGAAAUCAGUGGCAUUGUCAGCACGGAUAGUGGGGUCCAUCUGAUCAUGAGGACGGCGUGA